AUGAAAGUAUUGAUUCUCGGUGCUGGAUACGGUACUCGUUUGCAACGCGACCUUAAGGCUUCCCCUGAACACGCUCAUCUACUGGGCAUUCCUAAAGCACUGUUACCAUUGGGUGGCAGGGAUGCUCUCAUCACACAUUGGCUUGACCUUUUCCGUGACCAUGGCAUUGACGUCUACGUGGUAACCAAUGCGGCGUGCUAUGACUUGUUUGUUGCGUGGGCCAAACGCCACGACUUGCCAGAAGAUCAUAUUGUGAGCGACGGCACGUUGAGUAACGAGACAAGACUUGGAGCAGUACCUGAUAUUGCGUUUGGGAUUCAUCACUUUAAUCUUGAGCAAGAAGAGGUGCUUGUGGUGGGAGGCGAUACGUUGUUCCUCAAGGAUUUCUCGUUGAAGGACUACUUGGCACAGGUGAGUAGCCAACAGGAUGCAUGUUUGGUGACAACCUACAAAGUAUCGGAUGAUCAAGUUCACAAGUUUGGUAUCGUGGAAACGGAUGAUCAAGGCAUCAUGACAAGCUUCCUGGAGAAACCCGAUCCAUCUUCAACCCCAUCUCGUCUUGCAUGUCCAUGCUUUUAUUUAUUCGCACGUGAUUCAUUGCCUUUGCUUGACGAGUUUAUUGAAUCAUGCCAAGGUCAACCCAAAGAAGUCUUUGAUGCUACUGGCAAGUUUUUGGCUUAUUUAUAUCCUCGUUUCACUGUCAAGACUUAUCCCAUCUCCGGUCGCAUUGACGUUGGCGGUUUACAAUCUUAUCUCGAUGCUGACAAGUACUUUACAAAUUAG